UCUUUAUAACUGCAGGUCUUGGUGGUCGUGUCACACACAGAGGAUUCACGAUGAACUACACCAUCAAAGAUCUGUCUUAUGGCAAGACCUGCCAUCUAGCGGACCAAUGCCGUGGGUAUCUCUCCUGUGUCAAAGGUUAUUGUGGAUGUAGUGAUGACAAAUAUCACGACCAUUCAACUCAGCUGUGUAUCAAAAAGCGUGAGUUGGAUGAGAAUUGUGUUGACAGCCGACAGUGCAGUGGAGAACUGAAGUGUCGGGGUCGAUCGUGUUUGUGUGAUAGAGGCUUGUACUACAACACUGGCAGCAGAACUUGUAGCAGACCUGUGGAUCAUGGCUCCAGCUGCUCCACCAACAACAGAGGCAUGUGCAAGCCGCCACUAGACUGUCUACUGGAUGUACAUUCAGCACGGCGAUGUUUGUGCAAGGACAAGUUUCAUUCAGAACACAACAACUGUGUGUCGUACGACGGGUUUAUUGUGAGUGUGACCAAAACACAGACUACAGCAGCCAAUGAAAUAGGUUUGGGCUGGCAAGUUUUGGCACGUGAUGACGUCACCUACAGGGUGGACUGGGUGGCAACAGACGACCAAACGGAGCGGGGCGGUGUGGCGGGAAACAAUAGCGGUGCGACCUUGACUGGCCUCACCCCCGGCACGAGGUACAAGGUCACCGUGUACACGGUCCUGGGGCGACAGGGGUUCUAUCCAGAGAAAAACGUCAGCAGGGAGUUGACCGUUGUUACAGCCCCAGCCCCACCUGGCCCAGUCAACCAACAGACCAGUACACUGGACAAACCACCUUACCGGCUCAAAUUUCAGCCUUCGGUAGGCAGGGUACACAACUACGUCUUUCACAUUCAAGUAAACAAGACAUGGCUGGAGAGUACGGUGACCUCCCCUGACCUAGAACUCUCUAACCUAGAACCAGACAAGGAGUAUCUGUACCGUAUUCAAGCGGUCAAUUUUGUUGGUCAGAAGAGUGGGGAGGUCAGUGGCAGGUUUAAGACGGCAAGGCUACAAGCGUUCGAUGAAAGAUGUGCUGAGACCCGCCAGUGCCGCGGUAACCUGAAGUGUGUGAGUGGGACAUGCUCGUGUGAUCCGGGGUUUUAUUAUAACCCUCACCUUUACAUCUGUAACACAGCAUUAGAACAUGGCUCAGCCUGCUCUAGUACCAUCCGUGAUAUGUGCAAGCCGCCAAUGUUAAACUGUCUUGCUGAUGUUGACAGAACGUAUCGCUGUCUCUGUAAGGACAAGUUUCACCGAGAAGACAACAACUGCGUGUCAUCUGACAAGUUAGUUGUUGGAGAGACAAAACCAAACACUGAAGAGGCCACACAAAUAGGCUUGGGCUGGCAAGUUUUGGCACGUAAUGACGUCACCUACAGGGUGGACUGGGUGGCAACAGACGACCAAACGGAGCGGGGCGGUGUGGCGGGAAACAAUAGCGGUGCGACCUUGACUGGCCUCACUCCCGGCACGAGGUACAAGGUCACCGUGUACACGGUCCUGGGGCGACAGGGGUUCUAUCCAGAGAAAAACGUCAGCAGGGAGUUGACCGUUGUCACAGCCCCAGCCCCACCUGGCCCAGUCAACCAACAGACCAGUACACUGGACAAACCACCUUACCGGCUCAAAUUUCAGCCUUCGGUAGGCAGGGUACACAACUACGUCUUUCACAUUCAAGUAAACAAGACAUGGCUGGAGAGUACGGUGACCUCCCCUGACCUAGAACUCUCUAACCUAGAACCAGACAAGGAGUAUCUGUACCGUAUUCAAGCGGUCAAUUUUGUUGGUCAGAAGAGUGGGGAGGUCAGUGGCAGGUUUAAGACAGCAAGGCUACAAGACAGAGCAAAGACCGGGAUUAUAGCUGGAACUUGUGUAGGGUCUGCCGUCCUUGCUGUGCUAGCUAUUCUUAUCAUACUUAAAAGGAGACAAUCUACAAACAAUCGGGACUCUAGCUUCAGUUCGAGUAAACAAGACAGGAGGGUUCCUCUCGUGUCAAAUACCUACAGCAAACCUCCCAGAUCAGAGACAUCACAAAUAGGAGCUCUGGUUUCAAAUACUUACAGCACUACUCCAACACUAGAGGGUGGUUUUGAUGAAGAAGCAAACCAAACAAUCUAUGAAGACACCGAACAAUCCGAGACGGCACUGGACGAAUGUGAGUACUCAAACACUGGGCAGCAGGCAAACACUGCACUUGCCGGGGAGCAAACACACGGCAAUUGUGAUGCGGCAAUGGAACCUGCCGGGGAAGAAACAUACGGCAAUUGUAAGAGUUUAGCUACUGACCUCUCCGAAGAAAACAUUUACGGCAAUGUACCCAGCCAAGGCAACGAUUGAAUAUAAAAACAAAUAUAUUAAUACGUUGGCUUAGAAGUAGACAGCUAUAGCCAAUCAAAACAAGGCUGUCAUUAAAAUUUGUGGUUAAUUAUUCUAAGAUUAACGAUAUUCUAUCGCACAGGAU